UCGACCGACCCCGUAAUGUUCAGUUCACCUCAGCUAAACUCGGAUCGAUUCGGCAAAUCCCGGCCAGAGUCGGCCCUUCGGGUACGCUCGGCGUUCUCGGCCACACUCGGCUGUUCUCGGCUCCACUCGGCCGCACUCGGCUCUUCGGCCGUCCCUGACUCUGCUCCGCGGUGCAAUGGCGGCCGGUGGCGGGGCCCCGCUGCCCGGCCUGAGCCCCGUGAAGGGACAGAGCGCUGGCACAGCCGCCUCAGCCCGGGUCACCCUGGCCCUGCCCGGGCCCGCGUCCCCCGGAGCGCGCCCUGCAGCGCAGAACGCGGCCUCGGAGCCAGGAGCGGGGCCAAUGGCCUUGGCUCGGCAGCGGCGCCGGGAGGCGGCGGGCGGUGUCCUCAGGGCAGGAAAAAUCAUCCAGCUCCUCCCAUCUUUGCCAGAAGCUUUGGUGUUUGGGCAGCCAAAGGCAAGAGGCUUCAGCACCAGGCUCUGCCCUGGAGGGCUCUGGUCCUGCCCACGCUGUGGGUGAGCCAGGGCUGGCACAGGGAAUCGUGCAGGUACUGGCCAGAGCUGCUGCCCUUUGGAGCCAUUUUAAAGGCUGUCCUUGCUGGAGCACCCUGGUCCCUGCCAUCCCCAAGCCCUGGGACACGGAGGGAGCCCUGUCCCAAGUGGCUUUGGCACCUUGGCAGGGAUGUGGCAGCAGCCCCAGAGCAGCUGGAGGAGAAAACCUCCCAGCAGAGACAGAUUGCAGUGGAGGCCAGAGUUGUGUUUGGAGCAGGGAGUGCUGAGAGCUGCAUCUGCCUGUGCUGCCACAGCCUGGGAACAGCCUGGGAAAAGGGACUGGGGGAUUUCUGGUGCCCCAGUGAGAAGAACACAAACUCAGCCCUUCAGCCUGACAGGCCCCUCCACCCAGAGCUCAGCACACAUCCUCAGAGCAGCCAGCAGGGAAGGGACAAGAGGAUCCCUGUGGGAUGAGACUGGAGAGAGCGAGCAGAGGAGCGGCCUCGGGCUGGAGAAAGGCAAAGGGACCAAUGUGGUGUCACCAGGGCACCUGUGAGGAACAGAAUGGACACUUGGAGGCCACAUGGAGGAAGGGGAUGCACAGCUCUGUCUGCAGCACACCUCCAGUGGGGCCUACCUGUGAAAGCUUUCCUUCACUUGUGCACUUGCUGCUGGAUCCCUGAAAAACUCCAAACUCCAUCCCACUGAUUUUCAGAUCCCACAGACACGAGGGGCUGCUGCCUUCAGGGGCUUUGGCUCCUCCUGCCCUGCGCUCCCAGCCAGCUGGGACACGCUGGGGGAACACCAGGGAGCACGGCUGGCAGCGAGCAGGAGACACCGAGGCCUCUGGGCCAGAAACAGCCCCGGCCUCAGCAGCCGCCAUCGCUUUGGCCUGGCGGCGCUCACCUGCAGGAAAGGCCGCCUGCCACUCUCCAGAGGAACUUUGGCCACGGAGCAAGGUCACCCUCAGGACUUGUCUUGUUCACUUCUUCUGGGGAAGCAGAGGGACAUUGUGUGAGCACGUUUCCAGCUGCUGGGUAAAUCCUGGAAAGGGCAGAAAAAUCAGGGUCACGGGGAAGGGUUUGGUGCUGACAUGUUGAGUGCCAGCCAGUUGUGCCCUACGGCCAUUGCAGGGGCUGGUGUGUAAAGCAGCAUUAGCAGAAGGGAAGGAGCUGCAUUUGCAGAGGAGUUCUCUUACUGGCAGCAGUCAUUCCCAUCCCACACAGGGCCUUUAGAACAGCCCUGGGAUUGGCCCAGGUGUUUGGAGCAGGGUGCUGAGAUGACCGAAAUUCUGUGUUCAAUGUGCAGCUGGGCCAGUCAGUUCUCAGCGUUUGACUGCUCUGGAAAUAAAGAACAAACAGUUUUCACUGGUUUUUUAA